GAACGUCGAAUACACAGAGUUAUAGCUAGCCAGCCAACACAAUACACCGAGUGUUGGUUGUUGAGUCUGGUUGAAUCCUCGCACGAAUAAAAAUCGUAUCAGUUGUAUAGUCGCCGUGACACUGUUUGGACGUACACAUACCUCGAAGAAAGCUCACAAAAUCCAACCAACAAACAUUAUAUAUAUCAUUUUUUUUCGUUCAAUCGUUUGAUAAACCGCUUGACAGAAUAGAAAACAGAAUAGAUCCACGCAGCGAAAAACGAAAGAAAACAAAACAUCGACCGAAUGAAAAGCAGUCAACAAAUUUUAUACGCCAAUAGCAACGAUUCAAAUUUAAAAUAUUGUAUGUAUCACACGGCGCGCACUGGUGACCAUCGACAAACUCAACAGUGAAGUGACAACACAUUUUCAACAAUUAUAGCACACACAAGAGCUGCACGACUACGAUCGAGAGCAGACGCAAAACACGCAGGCAAUUGCACUAGGAACGCACGGUGUAUACUCUUUCGAUGAAAUAAUCCGCGGAAUCGUUUGUAUUCAAAUGGCUGAAAUGGAUCGAAUGACGAUGUGACACAAUGUAGGCGAACGGUCCGCGUCGGAUUAUUUUUUUUUAAUUUCCGUAAUCAUCUAGAUGGUGUAUUUUUCAAACAAAGUUAUCAAUUUUGCACGCGAAGGAACAAAUUGCAUUUUAGUCGAUUCCGUUAAAUCGAAGUUAAUUUUAUUGCAACGAUCCAAACUGUUGAACACAAAACAAAUCAAAACAAAACAGAAAAACUGAUGAUAUAAUUUUGACUGGAAGAAAAGUGUUAAAGGACAAAACAAAAGCACGGACAUACAAAUAAAAGAAAGAAAGUAAGUAAAAAACGAACGCGGUGUGAGAUAAUUUUUGGUGUAUGUAUAACUCGAAGCCCGUCGCAAUGAAUUGUGUGGGCAAAUGUACGUGAUAUUUCCAGCUGAUGAACUAAUAUAUAUGACAUACGGUGCUGCAAUACCACGAUUUAAACCACGACCAACUCUGGAUAACUUGCGCGAGCCACUAGUCCCUUUCGAUACCUUACCCAACCGAAAAACUACCCAAAAUCCACCACAAAACCUACCAAAAAAUCCACCAAAAAACCCACCACCAAACCUACCAAAAAAUCCACCACAAAACCUACCAAAAAACCCACCACCAAACCCACCAAAAAUCCCAUCACAAAACUUACCAAAAAAUCCACCACCAAACCUACAAAAACCCCUACCACAAAACCCAACAUCCAAUCGCCAAUCCUAUUCUUCAAACUCCAAUGCGAACAACAAACAAGAAGCACAACCAUCUCCAAGCACAUCGAAACAAAAACCUAUCAAAAAGAAAAAGGAAUCCACCGACAUCUUCGGCUACAGCAAGGAUUCAACAGAGCCAUCAUUCUAUCGACCGGGCUUUGUUGACAAUCAAAGCAGUACCUUAGCUCUAUCAAGACAAACAUCCAUACUCCCCACUAGCCUAUCCCUAGGUCCUUCAACUUCGAGCGCUGUCCAACAACAACCUCAAACGAGCAACGGUAAACCGCCGGGCAAAACAAAGAGCCGGCUUCAUAUCAGUUUAGGUCGAUUGGGCCGAUCAAAGCAAGCAACACCACCCGAACCGGCACGAUUGCGUGACAUUACCGAGAUUCGUAUCGCAAAUCCAACAUUUACGCGUGAAAAUAUAUUGGCACGAAACUAUGAUGCGUUUUUUGAAUCAGGUGAACCAGUUUAUAAGCUUGAAUAUCGAACACCGGUAACGCCACAAAUUGAAUCGAAUCCAUUUGAUAGUGAAACCCCAAAGCGACCCCAUUCAUUUGGUUUAUUUAAAAUGUCAAAAUCAAAGGACGCAACCAAAGUGAAUGCUCGAUCGCAUAGCAGCGAUCCGAUGAGCACGGUAUCCGAGAAAGACAACGUCCCAAAAACAAGUCGUAGUCUAUUCAACAGUUGGCGUAGUGGAGGUGCCUUGUCGGGCACCUCUUGCAGCAGCAACAAUUAUAUAAAUAAUUUUAGUGAAUACCCGUCAUUUCAAACCACGACCACUACACGAAUAAUGGCUACCUCAUCAGGAAUUUUAAAAGAUUGUACUCAUAUUACAUUCAAUGAAACCAUUAAAUCGCAUAACAAUGUCACAUUCAAACUAGUUAAAACAGUAUCGGAUUUUACGCAACAACUAGCGCAAUUGUACGAGCACCAUGGCGAAUCACUUCAAAUGCUCGUGUCCACAUUUCGAAAACGAAACAGUGAACUGCGGAAAGAAAGACCAUCAUGUCCGUCGACGCUAUUUCAAACGUGGGAAACUUUUCUACAAGAAAUUGAAGCUGAUUCGGUCACGGCAAAUGACAUCAGCAAAACCUUAUCCAGACAGGUAUCCGAACCGAUAUUGGCAAAAACAUUUCAUCGAAAAGUUCAAAGCAAAAAGGUUUUCAUCCACCGAGAAUCAUUUGAUGCGAUUCUUGCAAAGACUGACGAAAAAUUGGCACAGUGUCGCAUGGAGUAUAAGCAUUGUUAUAUUGCCCAUCGUCAGCAGCCGAGUCAGCAGACGCUAACGAAUUACAUCGAUUCGCAUAAUGCAUAUGUCCAACAGCUGCAUACGACGAAUUCAAUGCUAGAAUGGUAUAACAUCGAAACGAUACCACAGUUAAUGCAGGAACUUGAGGACAUUUACAGUGAUUUGUGCGGCAUUGUGUCCGAGGCGAUUUUCAAUGGUGCUGACAUCAUUUCAGCAAAGGCCAAUGAUCAAUUAAAACGUUAUGAUAAUCUGACGAAUCAGUGUAAAACCAUAUCACCACAACAGGAUUUGAAUAGCUUUGUGAAAAUAUUACAGCCCGAAUCACCGCCAAAAGUUCCUAAAAAGUCAUAUGCAGCACCAACUAAUGAAGUUGAUGAGGACCAGUCACCUAUACCAUUUAGAAAUGAGCUUAUUGUAGACCGAAAUGCAACAAUUCAAAUCCGUCCGUCAGUUGACGCACUUAAAAGGGAAACCAUUGAAAUCGAAACACAAAUCAAACAGCUGCAGGAAUCGUUGGAAUCUUUAAUUCGAGCACAAAUUCGUGUACUUGAAAGUCAACUGUUCAACAAAUCAAGUGAACUGCAGGAGGAUAUUUCAAUGAAGAAAUUCGAUUUGCAGACAAAACGAUUGCAUUUGGCAGCAAUACGGGCUCAGAAAGAGUUGUUUUUGGGAAAAGCCGAUCUAGGAUCACCGCCACGUAGUGAACGAAAAUUAUCCACAUCGAGUUCAUCCAUGAAGACAAAGUGGUUAAAAGCGUUCCGCAGUCUAAAACCGGCUACAGCCAUUGCGGGCACUGUUAAAAAAAACGAUCAGUCGAGCAAUGGUCGACGAGUUUUUGAUGGUGAAAAUCAUAAUCUACAGGAAUAUACAUAUAAAAAGAUUACGCCAUGCGAUGUUUGUUCACAGGUCUUAAGAGGUCACACACGGCAAGGGCUUCGAUGUCGGAAUUGCAAGUCGAAUGUCCAUGUUGACUGUGCCGCUCAAUUGACCAAAUGCCAGGCAAAGCAAAAGUUGUUGCGACGACAAAAAAGCACAUCGGAAAUUGUAACCAAUCGUGUCGACAUCGAUGACAAACCAAACGACAUAGACCAAAUCUAUCGUGUACUGAAACAAGCUGGCGAACUAUCUGGUGAUAAGACGAACACAAAUGCCGCCGCAUCAAUCGCGUCCGGUAGUGGCAAUGCCAAUUCGGUUGCAGCUCAGCAAUCAAUAGCCGCUAGCAGCGGUGGUGGUGGCGGUGGCGGCGUUGGUGGUGCUAAUAUGCCCGAUAUACCGAUUGUUACCGAACCAGAUUAUCCGGAACGCGUUCUAACCGUCGCCCAACAGAUGGGAGGAUCUUUAUUUACGAGAACUCAUGGUACAAAUGAACGAUCGAACAAAUUAGCCGUAGCUCCAUUAUUAGAUGUAUCGAGUUCAGCUCCCCAUUCGCCACGUCGUCAAAAGUUGAAUUUGCGUAUGAAAUCGUUAAGUUUGGAUUCGCCUGAAUCAACUGAAUUACAUGGUCACAUUAAACGGCGUUAUCCACCAUCAGGACCAGUUCAUUUCAAUAUACAAGGAGGCUCGGCUGGUUUACUCGAUCACAAUACGCCACCAUCAAAUAAUAGCCGAUUGCACUCACCGCUAAGUCCAUCGACAGCGCGACGACUUGGAUACAAUCGUAAUCUACGUACCACUUCAGUUGAGUUACCCGAUGAAAUGGGUGAUAAAAGUUUAUCAUCAGCAAGCACAUCACCAUGUUCAUCACCAGGCAGACAAAACCUUGCGAAAGCUCAUCGCCUUUUACCGACCAAUUUAUACGUAGUUUUAUACAACUUCAAAGCUCGACAUCCAGAUGAAUUGGAUUUGACAGCCGGUUUUAAAGUGACUGUCAUCGAUACAUCCGAUCCAGAUUGGUGGAGAGGAAAAUGUUUGGGUCGUGUUGGUUACUUUCCAUCCAAAUAUGUGGCCCGUUUGCAAGCCGGUGAACGUCCAUUGCAAGUACUGCAAAACCUUCAAAUCUCCGAUGGUGAUAAGAACGGUAGCAUGACACUAUUGCGCGAUCAAAUUGUCGUACAGUGCGGCGAUGAAGUAUGUGGAUCGGUUAUGGUACGUUCCGUUGAUAAUCGGCAAGGUAUAUGUCCUGUAAAAUAUUUACAAGAGGUGUGACAGCCGAAUCGCAAACGAACCGAUAUUGACACUGCUGUCAAAUCCAAACUAAUUAAACCAGAUAAAACUCAAAAAAUUAAUUUAAAUAUUACGAAACCACAAAAAAAUGUUGAU